AUGCGCUCCCUCUCUACCAUUGCCCGCGCCGCCCCACGCGCUCUUCUCCCCCCGGCGCGCUACACGGCUGCGUCCCGCUGUCUGCACAGCUCCGCUCCCAAGCCUGCGACUCCCCUGCCGCAUCCCACUGCUCCAGGCCCGCCGCCAGACCCGCCGAAGCCUGCUGCUUCGACCGCCGAAGAUCGGAUCGCGCGCAAGCGCCAACGCGCCGAGCAGUUUCAGGAAAGCCGCAACGCAACGACAAACCCGUCAAAACCGGGGAGUGCCUUGAAGAAGCGCUUUUGGCGUGACGUACACGUCAAGCAGACACCAGAUGGCCACCAGAUUCUUCUCGAUUCGCGACCCGUCCGGACUUCUUCGAAAAACGUCCUUACCAUCCCCCCGAACAAGCAGCAGCUCGCCGCUGCCAUUGCGCUGGAAUGGGACCUCUUGCUCAAUGCACAGCAGGCUCUCAAGCAGCACUACAUCCCUCUCACAUCCCUGACGUCGCGUGCGAUCGACAUACAGGCAGAAGAUGCGGCGGGCGCUUCAAGUAUUCGAGCGGGCAUCAUUGAGAUGCUUAUGAAUUACCUCACGACCGAUACGCUACUCUGCUGGGCACCCGAGGAGAACAUUCAUGAGCCGAAGGACCUGAGCGAAGGAGCGAAAAGUCUGCGCAAGACGCAGAUGCAGACGGCGCAGCCCAUCAUCGGCUUUCUCACCACCAAGCUCUGGCCAGGCGUCGAGAUCAGGCCUAUUCUGGAGCCCGACAGCAUCAUGCCCGUGCCGCAGGCGCCGAAUACCGUGGAAGUGGUGAGGGGGUGGUUGUCUUCUCUGCCGGCAUGGGAGCUGGCUGGGGUGGAACGCGGCGUGUUGGCAAGCAAGAGCUUGCUGGUAGCAGCUCGCCUGAUGGCUGAGUGGAGUCCCCAAUUCGCCCACACCCGCGAGAACCAGCCUGAGGGCAGGCGAUUCGGGAUUGAGGAGGCGGCUGAAGCCAGCAGCCUGGAAGUUACCUGGCAAACAGGCAUGUGGGGGGAAGUUGAGGACACGCACGAUGUCGACAAGGAGGAUCUGCGGCGACAGCUUGGCAGCGUUGUACUUCUCGUCAACGGCUCUAGCGCCCAACAACACAAGAGGAACAAGUCCUCGGUGCGGUCGCUCCUGCACCGCGUCUCGUCCAAGCAGGAUGCCGGCGUGAAUUCCGACAACGACGACCAAGCCUCCAACCCUGCCUCGUCCCAGACCUCUAUUACCUCGCCGCCCCCCGCCUCUGUGCACGCCUCGCGCUCGAGCAUCCAGGCCCCCCGCCAUCGUCCACACCUGUCCACUACCAUGUCCAAUUCCAAUGCGACCUCCUCCGAGGCCCUGUCGCCCCCGUACGCCGGCGCGCAGUCUCCGUCUUCCCCGACUGCCAAAGGUGCUUCCAUUGAGCAGUCUGUUCGCCUGUUCCGCAUCUUCGAGGCUCUCCGCAACGGUGACACUGCCGCCAUUUCCAAGGCGAUAAGGGAGGAGGGCUCCACGCAAGGCGGCGCAAGGCAGAGCACCUCGUCGAUAGCGUCUUUGUCUACGGCACGGCUGGAGGGCACCUCAAUACUGCACCUCGCCAUUCAAUGCGCCGAGCUGCCCGUCAUCGAGUUUGUUCUCUCCAAUGUCGGCGCCGGCAUUGACUUGAACGGAAGGGACAGAGAUGGCAACACCCCUCUCCACCUCGCUGCUCAGCUAGGUCGUGCGCCGGUCGUCAAGAUGCUGUUGGAGCAGACUGGCAUCAAUGACUCGCUAGCAAACUACCAUGGCCAAACCCCGCUCGAUCUGGCGCGCACGCCCGACAUUUUCCAACAACUACAGUUGACCCGAUCGAUAUUCAUUGACACCCACGUCAAGAAAAUCCAGGAGCUGUCGUUGCAGGCGGACUACAAGUCUUUGGAGAGCGUGUUGACAGAUCCUCGUGUGCAAACCACGUUGGAUGUCAACGGCCCGGAACUUGCGACAGACCCUUCCACGGUCGAGACGGGAGGCACCUUGCUCCACGAAGCGGCCAGGAAAAAGGAUACUCAGCUAUGCCAACUGCUCCUCCUGAACGGCGCAGACCCUUUCCGACGAGAUCGGAAGGGCAAGCUUCCUCAUGAGGUAACCAAGGACGACAAGACCAAGGCGAUCUUGAAGAAGUCCCCUGCCGCAGCAGCAGCUCAACGUGGCAUCCAGGAGAAGACAAUCUUGGGCUCCGCUGCUCAGGCCGCUGGGCCCGCUUCGGCCGAGGUUGCGUUGGGCUCGAAGGAAAGCCGCGAGAUGAAGGGCUAUCUGAAGAAGUGGACCAAUUACACCGGUGGCUACAAGCUGAGGUGGUUUGUUCUCGAAGACGGAGUUCUAAGCUACUACAAGCACCAAGACGACAUUGGAUCUGCGUGCCGUGGGGCUAUCAAUAUGAGGAUCGCCAAGCUCCACAUGGAUCCGCAGGACAAGCUCCGUUUCGAGAUCCACGGCAAGUCCUCUGUCAAAUACCACUUGAAGGCGAACCACCAGGUCGAGGCCAAGCGAUGGUUUUGGGCGCUGAACAAUGCGAUCCAAUGGAGCAAGGACGAAGCGCGCGAGGAGGAGAAGCGACAGACUCGUGAGACCGAAGCACUCCGCCAAGCAAAGAACGAACAGACUUCCAAAGAGAGCGAUGCGAUCAGCACGGUGAGUUCGAGGCCGAACGGUAGGAACUCAGUUCUCAGCCCGGUCAGUAGCGGGGCAUUGGGUGUGCCCCAAACCGGCUCGCGCACUGGACCAAGCACUGCAGAGGACGAUGAGCUUGGCAACAGCACCUAUGAUGCUAGCUUGGGUGGAGAGGAGGCUAGCCGAUUUGAAAGCCGCACUGGCAAAUCAAUUGGGGGCGAUAUGGACGACGACGAUGACUAUGGCGAUGAUGUGAGCAGCGAUCAAGCGAAACCUGUUAGCAAGGACGCCUUCAACAUCACUGCACAGUCGGUCAAACUGCAGCUGGAUCUUCUUGCGCAAGUGUCCGCAGCAUUGCAGGCAGAAAAGGCCAAGAACCCUUCGAUGGCAAUUUCCGAUCCUGCAGCAGCUCAAGCAUUCUCGUCCUACGAGGCGGCUGUUAGCAGUCUGAAAGGUCUUGUUGGUGACUUGUUUCGUAUCGCGCGGGAUAGAGAUGCAUACUGGCAGUACAGGCUCGAUAGAGAGGCCAAUGUUCGUCGCAUGUGGGAGGAAAGCAUGGCAAAGGUAGCAAGGGAGCAGGAGGAGCUCGAAAACAAGAUUGGAGAGUCCGAGGACAAGCGGAAGCGGACGAAGAAGGCGCUCCGUGAUGCGCUACAAGGACUUCAAACAGGGGAGGCCUCCAAGGUCAAGAACGCCAUUGCUGACACAGACGCAAUCGCUGAAGUCGAUGAGCCUGUCGACGACGCAAAGGCCUCCCGGAGCCGCAAUAACAGUGUCACUAACCGGCCCAACCUGGCCGAACUUGCUGAUCUCUCGGAUUCAGAGUCUGAUGACGAGGAAUUCUUCGAUGCUAUCCAGGAAGGAGAGGUGGAGGUUAUGGAGUCUUUACCCGUCACGUCGCCGCCGCCUUACGAAAGCGAUGAGAAGCCGGCGGACAUGGAUCUCCGAGAAGCCAAGCUGGCUGAAAUCUUGCCAUCCUUCAAGGGUUAUGAAGAACCCGUGCGCACACGUCUUAAGCUGGAUGACGACGACCGACCAAAGAUUUCGCUAUGGGGUAUUCUGAAAUCCAUGAUCGGCAAGGACAUGACCAAGAUGACUUUGCCUGUGUCGUUCAACGAACCAACCUCGUUGCUACAGCGCGUUGCCGAGGAUAUGGAGUAUGUUGAUCUGCUCGAUACCGCCGCCGAGCGUCUGGACUCGUGUGAACGCAUGGUGUACGUCGCCGCAUUUGCGGCAAGUGAGUAUGCCUCGACUAUUGGACGCGUUGCCAAGCCGUUCAAUCCGCUGUUGGGUGAGACUUUUGAGUACUGCCGCCCGGACAAGGGGUUCCGCUUCUUUGUCGAGCAAGUCAGCCAUCACCCACCGAUUGGCGCCGCGUGGGCGGAGUCGGCCAAGUGGGAUUACUACGGCGAAUCUGCUGUCAAGUCCAAAUUCUACGGCAAAUCCUUCGAUAUCAACCCUCUCGGCACUUGGUUCCUCCGCUUGCGCCCCGCGUCCGGUGGCGAAGAGCUGUACACAUGGAAGAAGGUUACUUCGUCUGUCAUUGGAAUCAUCACUGGCAACCCUACCGUCGACAAUUACGGUCUGAUGGAGAUCAAGAACCACACGACUGGUGAAGUUUGUCUCCUUGAAUUCAAGCCCCGAGGUUGGAAGGCCUCGUCCGCCUAUCAGUGUGCUGGAAAGGUGGUUGGCGCUGAUGGCCAGACGCGUUGGAGCAUUGGUGGUCGCUGGAACGAUAAGAUAUACGCUCGUCUUACGCCUGGCUACGAAGACGGCGACAACGUCGGCCAGAAGGACAAACAGGCUACUCUUGUCUGGCAGUGUCACGAACGCCCAACCGGCAUUCCUUUCAACCUCACCCCAUUCGUCCUCACACUCAAUGAUCUUUCAGAUCGCCUCAAGCCGAUCCUUGCGCCUACCGAUACCCGUCUGAGGCCCGAUCAGCGUGCCAUGGAGGACGGCGAAUAUGAUCUCGCUGCUGUGGAGAAGAACCGGGUGGAAGAGAAGCAACGUGCGACGCGCAGGGCACGCGAGGCGGCAGGCGAGGAGUUUGAGCCGCAGUGGUUCUCCAAGGCCAAGGAUGAGACCACCGGCGAGGAGUACUGGAAGUUCAACGGCGAAUAUUGGAAGAUGAGAGAUAGGGUCGCCAACGGAGAGAGCGGCUGGGAGGGUUGCGAAGACAUUUUCUGA